AUGGCUGUAGCUGUUUACUCUAUGCAACUUCCAGUAAAGGAUAUGUUUUUUUCGCCACUUGAUAUUACUAAAAAUAAAGAUGAUCCAAAUAAAUAUACAGUUCACAGUUUAUGGGAAGCCUUUCAUUACAAUGGUAACGAAAAAGUUGAAGUUGCAAUGGUCUGUCAAGAUAAUGUAAAGGUUGAUAAACCCAAACAGGUAAAAAGAGUAUCUGAUCUCAAGGCAACCUAUGUACUAACUGUUCCCAAAGGUACAAAACCCGGGACAGUAUUGUCUUGUAAGAGAUCUCUUUUUGGUGACACUUAUGAUAGAUUCGCUACAUUCAAUUUCGUACAUGAGUAA